GAUUUCCUCCACGCUCGUCUUCGUCCUCUGCUCCAGUGUCCCGACAUGAGUCCCUCUCCCAGCAUCCCAACCUCAGUCGAGUGUGUGAAAGCUGCAGACGUCAAAGUCAUCGCCGCGCUGGGAGACUCCUUGACGACAGCUAUUGGUGCCAACGGCUCCACCAUUCUCUCCAUCCCUUUUGAGUUUCGCCAGUUGUCUUGGAGCAUUGGGGGCUACGGAACCUACCAGAAUGUAAUUACAUUGGCAAAUAUUUUCAAACUCUUCAACCCCGGGCUGCUGGGUCCGUCCCCGGGUGCCACCUUUCACGGACGACCCGUCACCGUCAACCAGACCGGCUUCAACUUUGCUGUGACGGGACACAACACGCUGAACGUGUCAGAUCAGAUCCGUCACAUGAUAAAAACCUUCCAAUCAUACCCCGGUUUGAGCUUCCACCAAGACUGGAAGGUGGUGACCAUGCUGAUCGGCAUGAACGACGUCUGUGAUUACUGCAAGAACAAGACCCUGUUCUCUGCUGACAGUUUCAUCCACUACAUGACUGAAGCCCUCGACAUGAUGAUGGACAAGAUCCCGAGGACCAUCGUGAACGUGGUGCAGAUCCUCCCCAUGAAGCCUCUCAGAGACGUCCACAAGCCGACGCUGGGCUGCCAGCUUCAAAAGCGCUUCUGCUCGUGCCUCGUUCAGCCCGAGGAAGACUCGCCCGAGCUGGAGGAGCUGGUCCAGGUGAACGUGCAGUUCCAGAGAAAACUGCGACAACUUCUCGCCGGCGACCGUUUCUUCAAAAAGGACUUUGCCGUCGUUCUGCAGCCUUUUUUGGAGAAGGCGGCACCGCCCAGACUUCCUGACGGUACUGUGGACUCCAGCUUCUUCACGGCCGACUGUUUCCACUUCACCGUCAAAGGACACGAGGAACUGGCCAAGGGACUGUGGAACAACAUGUUCCAACCUGAAGGAGAAAAGGAGAUGAUCGACACCUUUUCUGAGCCAACAAAACUCAUUUGUCCACCAAAGGAGCAUCCUUACAUUUACACCAGACCAGAGAGCAAGUCGUCUUCUCCAACAAUCAAACUAUCUUCUCUGACGACACUCUUGUUUGUUGGUGUCCUCUUUCUUCCUCUCUAUUAGUUGUAGCCUGCACCUUUCAUAGCAUCCAUGCAUGUUUGCACACACUACUCAUCUAUCUC